UAGUAGGCUAUACGUUUUUGCAUUUUCAGACGUGCUUUGUUAGAAAGUGGUUUCUUUUUCUAUGGUGAUGUUUGGUAUAGCCUAUCUCCCAGACCUGCCAUUCCAACUUACACUUUUUGCAGUUUGCUAGAUACAGCACAGCAUCUGAGAAUUUAUGGAAUUAAGAUAUGCGGGAACAAUAUAUAGGAAGCUGACUGAAGUUUAUCAAUCAAUCAAUCUGGAUACCGAAGGACAUUCAACGACAUUAUAUAUAUAUAUAUUUAAAAAAAAAAAAAAAAAAAAAAAAAAAAACGGGCAUUGGAUAUUUUCUAGAAAGUUGAUGAAAACCACCAAAAAGAGUUUACUCUGGAUUACAGGCAAUAGUUCUGCAAAUCCCGAGCGACUGCUCUUUCAACUUGUUUCACGUUUCGGAGGAUGCUGUGGAAGACGGUGGAUAAUAAGCCCUGACUAAAUGUUCUAGAGUGGGAGAUGGUUCUGCAACAUGGCUGUCUUGAAGACAUUCCUGACUCUAGGAUGUCUCUUGCUUGGGAUCUCUAUAGGUCCCCAGUCAGCUGACUGUGAACAGCCAAUGCCUGUCAUUUACCCUGAUAAAGAUGAACUCAUUGUACAGCCCCACUCUUCCAUCAAUCUGAGUUGCUCUGGAGAAAGCCAGCUGAGCUGGGACGCCCCUGUCUCACUGAAAGAUGUCACUCUGAUAGAAGAACUUGUGAACACCGGACACUUCGUCACAUCUCUGCAUGUACAGAACGCCUCUGCUUCCCAUACUGGAUUCUACACCUGCAUGUAUGCACCAUUAGAUAAUAACAACGAGGAGAUGGAUGGGAGCUCAGUUUACAUUUUUGUUCCAGAUCCAGCAGUGGCUUUCCUUGUCCACGAAGAUCCACUCAGUAAACAUGUUCUUCCAAGUCCCUUUGGUAUGGAAAUUCCGUGCCGUGUAUCUGACCCGCGGACACACGUGACCCUCACCAACGUAGAUACAGGCGUUGAGGUGAACAGCCAGUAUGACAACAAAAGAGGCUUCAUCGGGAUCUUCCCUUCCGGAACCUACAUUUGUAAAACCACUGUCAAUGGAGUGAAAACUCAAAGUGAAGAAUAUAUAGUCCACGGCGAAAUAGAGCUUUCCGAACUCCAUGUUGAACUAGAGGUGCAUCAGGCAGUGCUGAAGGAAGGGGAGCAUAUUUCUUUAACUUGCGUAGUCAGUGGGGACCACAUGUUCCCGCAGGACUGGCAGUACCCUGGGAAACAGGCUGGCAGAGGAGUGCAGGACAUGAAGACUAUGCAAGAUGGUGAGGUCCGGUACACACUGAGUAUUCCUCGAGCCUCUGUGAAAGACACUGGGGAUUACAAAUGUUCUGUAACACAAACAGAGGACGAGACAAUAGUGAAGACGAAGAAUGUAACUGUUUAUGAGAAAGGAUUUAUAACUUUGGUUCCCACAUUUGGCCAAAUGGAAUAUGCAAACUUGUAUGAUGAUAAGGAACUCACAGUGAACAUUGAAGCUUACCCAGCACCCAAGGUGACCUGGUUGAGGGACAAUGUUGCAGUCAAUGGAGGCUAUGCAGUGACAACCCAUAUAAGUGGAAUCAGGUAUCAGAGUACUCUGAGACUGAUUCACUUUAAAGAGGAGGACAUCGGAAACUAUACUAUUAAGGUUGAGAAUGAAAACAAGCAAACUAGUUACACAUUUUCAUUACAGGUGAAAGGGCCUCGUUUACCUCUGCGCCAGCAAGCAUUGCCAGUAAUUUCCCCCCAUAAAGAGGAACUCAUUGUGCAGCCUCUAUCCUCGUUCAAACUGAGUUGCUCUGGGGAGAGCGAGGUAACCUGGGAUGCCCCUGUCGAGGACAGUCAGGUCAUGCUUGAGGAGGAAGAAGACAACAGUGGACUCUUUGUGACUUCUCUUAACGUACUGAAUGCCUCAGCUUCCAAUACAGGAUACUACCACUGUUACUACUCAGCAGUGAACAACACAGAGGAUGCUAAUCUGGACAAGAGCUCCAUUUACAUUUAUGUUCCAGAUCCAGCAGUUCCUUUUAUUCCCCCUCUAAACCAAUUUAGUCAACACGUUCCUGCAACCUAUGAGGACAUGGAAAUCCCUUGCCGUGUAACUGACCCACAUUCAGACGUUACCCUGAUGAAUGCAGACACAGGCUUGGCAAUAUCCAGCCUGUAUGACAGCAAAAGAGGCUUCAUUGGGGUCUUUCCCGAAGGGACCUAUGUAUGUGAAACCAUCAUUAAUGGCGUGGAAGUCAUGAGUGAAGAAUAUAUAGUGCAUGGCUGGAGAGAAACCUCUGAACUUCAUGUUGAGCUAGAGGCUCCAAAAACAGUGGUUAUGGAAGGGGAGCCUAUCAUCGUUACCUGUGUAGCCAGGGGGAGUGAAAUGCUUGAGGACCACUGGAAGUACCCUGGGAAACUGGCUAACAGAGGACUGAAGACUGUGAAGGAAAACAAGAAGGACGUUGAAAUCCGGUACACUCUGAGUAUCCCACAGGCCUCAGUGAAGGACAGUGGGCUGUACGAGUGCUCCAUAACCCAUGUGAUGAGUGAUGAGAUACAACUGAAGAAGGUCACCAUCACAGUUUACGAGAAAGGAUUUAUCACUUUGGACCCAAAGUUUGCCAAAAUGGAAUUUGCUAAGCUACAUGAAGUAAAGGAAUUUAAAAUGAACAUCAAAGCAUACCCAGAGCCUAAAAUGACCUGGUUUAAGGACAGUGUUAUUCUGAAUGAAGACAACACAGAAAUAACCAGCACCAAGACAGAAAUCAGUGAAACCAGAUAUCAGAGUACCCUGACGCUCAUUCGUGCAAAAGAAGAGGACAGUGGCAACUACACCAUUUUAGUGCAGAAUGGAAACGAGAGUGUUAGUUACUCAUUUUACUUGCAAGUGAAAGUUCCAGCAGCCAUAGUGGAUCUGAUGGAUGUUCACCACGGUUCCAACGGUGGACAGUCGGUAGUGUGUAUAGCUGAUGGGUUACCUGCACCCCAAGUUGAAUGGUUCAUUUGCAAGAACAUCAAAAAAUGUGCCAAUGAUUCAUCACAGUGGACUCCUUUGUCCAUAAAUUCAACUGAUAUCACUAUUGAAACCCAUCUAGAUGAAGAGAACAAGAUUGAAAGUGAAGUGAUAUUUGCCAAACUAGAGGAUACUUUGGCAGUGAAGUGUCUAGCUAAGAAUGAGCUUGCUGCAGUGGCCCGAGAAGUGAAACUAGUUUCACACGCUUUACGCUCUGAGUUAACAGUGGCUGCUGCAGUGCUGGUUUUGUUGGUCAUUGUCAUCAUCUCACUGAUAGUGCUCGUCAUUAUCUGGAAACAGAAACCCAGAUAUGAGAUUAGAUGGAGGGUGAUUGAGUCCAUCAGCCCUGACGGCCAUGAAUACAUCUAUGUGGAUCCCAUGCAGCUGCCCUAUGACUCUAGAUGGGAGUUUCCUCGUGAUGGACUUGUGCUUGGACGAAUCCUUGGGUCCGGUGCUUUUGGCAAAGUGGUAGAAGGAACCGUAUAUGGGUUAAGCCAUUCACAGCCAGUGAUGAAAGUUGCUGUAAAAAUGUUGAAACCCACAGCAAGAUCCAGUGAGAAGCAAGCCCUCAUGUCUGAACUAAAGAUAAUGACUCACCUGGGGCCCCAUCUAAACAUUGUCAACUUGCUGGGAGCAUGCACUAAAGCAGGUCCUAUUUAUAUCAUUACUGAAUACUGCUUUUAUGGAGACCUGGUUAACUAUCUGCAUAAGAACCGUGAAAAUUUCUUAAAUCGACACCCAGAGAAAACGAAGAAGGAUCUCGAUAUCUUUGGUAUCAACCCUGCAGAUGAAAGCACUAGAAGCUAUGUCAUCUUGUCUUUUGAAAACAAAGGCGACUACAUGGACAUGAAGCAAGCUGAUACAACGCAGUACGUGCCAAUGCUGGAGAUGAAGGAUGGUUCAAAGUAUUCUGACAUCCAAAGAUCAAAUUAUGAUCACCCACCUUCACAUGAGCAAAAAUCACUAACUGAUACUGAAGUAAACAAUUUGCUGUCAGAUGACAGCAGUGAAGGUCUCACUGUAAUGGACCUGCUCAGCUUCACAUACCAGGUUGCUAGAGGCAUGGAGUUCUUGGCUUCCAAAAAUUGUGUUCAUCGUGAUUUGGCUGCAAGAAAUGUCCUGUUGUCACAAGGAAAGAUUGUGAAAAUCUGUGAUUUUGGGUUAGCUAGAGACAUCAUGCAUGACAACAACUACGUUUCAUGUGGCAGUACUUUCCUCCCAGUGAAGUGGAUGGCACCGGAAAGUAUUUUCGACAAUAUGUACACAACGCUGAGCGAUGUCUGGUCUUACGGCAUCUUGCUGUGGGAAAUCUUUUCACUAGGUGGAACCCCGUAUCCUGGAAUGGUGGUGGACUCCAGCUUUUACAACAAAAUCAAAAGUGGCUACAGAAUGACAAGACCUGAACAUGCAAACAGCGAUGUAUAUGAGAUGAUGAUGAGGUGCUGGAGCAGCGAACCAGAAAAGAGACCCUCCUUCUGCAGCCUGAGCGACACUGUGGCGUCCUUGUUACCUGUGGAAUACAAGAAGAGCUAUGAAAAGGUGAACCAUGACUUCCUGAAGAGCGACCACCCUGCUGUUACCCGAAUGAAAGCGGAAACUGAAGACACUUACAUCGGUGUCAUGUACAAAAAUGAGGACAAGCUGAAAGACAGGGAGAGUGGGUUUGACGAGCAGAGACUUAGCUCUGACAGCGGCUAUAUCAUCCCCCUGCCAGAUCUGGACCCUGUCUCAGACGAUGAGUACAGCAAGAGAAACCGGCACAGCUCCCAGACCUCUGAAGAAAGUGCCAUUGAGACAGGUUCCAGCAGUUCCACAUUCAUCAAGCGGGAGGACGAAACGAUUGAGGACAUCGAGAUGAUGGACGAUAUGGGGAUGGAUUCAUCUGAUCUGGUUGAGGACAGUUUCUUGUAAUCUCGGAUUUAUGCAAGCCAUAUCUGAAAGCGAUUUGUCAAAUAUCAAUUCAGAGGACUUUUUUUUUUUAACCAAAAACAUAGGCAAUAAUAGUAGUAAUAACCACUUCAUUGCAUUGAUGAGGAUGCAAAAGACUCAGGUGGUGCUUUGAAAAGCAGAGUUCAAGCAGAAGAGAAAAGGAAUCCCAAGAAGACAAUAUGAACUUAUGAAACAUAUCAACCUCACUCUUGUACUGUGGGCUUCUUCCUCUGGUACUCUUCGGUAUUUUGCUUUCUGGAGGUAAUGCUUCAUACAAAGAUGAACACUGCCAAAAAAGACUUUCUGUGUUUUGUGGGCAUUUGUUUAGAUAGAAACACAUCCAGAAGCAUCAACGGGAUAUAGUAUCACUGCACUUGUGUUCAACAAAAACUGUAUUUUAAGUGCAAGUAACUUGCAUUGUAACAGCAUUCAAAGAGACCGUCUAUGUAUAUCAUGUCUCUUGUCUUUGAAACCACUAAGGUUGUUUAAAGCAGACAUAUCAAAGCGAGGUGACCCUUGGAGUGAUGCAAAAAGGUACAAAUUCUGCUUUAAAAAAGCCAACCCACUAACAAUGUAUGGAUAGAAUUUAGGCAGCGGACUGAAUCUUCUGUACAGAAUUGUUACAUGUCAGAACUUGCGGUAGCUUUUCUGUUUUAUGUAGAUUUUAGAGGCAUCCAGAAUCAUUCAAUGCAGUCAUAGUUUCUGAAUAGCAGUACAUGGUAAAGCACAAUGUUGAAUGUAUUAUGUGUUUUGUUUGUGGUAUAAUGUAGUCAGCAGCUAAAGGUGUUGAGAAGUCAUUAAAAAAAAUUACUAUACCGUAUAAAAUAUAUAUUUUUUUCUGAAUAUGAAGUGAAUUGGGUGAUCUUAGAUUGCGUGAAAGCUACAACAGUAGAUCUACAGUUUAUGAAGUCAACUGUCCUGAUUUUUAACAUUAACACAUAAAGGAGACCAUUGACUGCUACUUUGCAGUCCAUUAAAAGACAAUCUAAACUAUGUUGACUUCUGCUUGUCAAAAGAUUUACGACGUAUUUAUUUCAACAAAAUAGCUCUUAUUAAGUAGCUCUGAAGUUAAAAAAAAAAAGGUUUUAAAGGGACCAAUCAGAGUAUCUGAUUAAAAUUACCUAGAAAAAAGAGAUGUUUGGGGUGUAUGGAAGUCUGUGUUAGGUUAGGUAUAAAACCAUAUACCAAAAUUGGUAAUGUGAAACUGUUGUUUUGUACAAAGAUAUUUUUUUAUGUAAAUGUUUUUAUGGGUACGGCUACAGAAAGAACAGUUUAUACAGACCAGAAUGCAACAUUUUACAGAUUUCUGUAUACCAGUCAGUGUUCUGUAUGAAAGAAAAUAGGUUUAAAUCUGUUCCAGAGGUCCCCUCCAAGAUGCAUGUGUGAAAUCAAACAGCCCAUGUCCCCUAACUUUAACAUUAGAAUGAGAGUUACAAGUCUGAAAUGUGGAAUAAACCUGUAUAGAUAUCUUUUACCUAAUGAAGGACAUUAUAAGAAUAUAUCAUGAUGUUAUACAUCAAUUUGUACAUAUGCAUUUCUUAUAUAGUCUUUUAAAAUACUGCCAAAACAUUUCUAUCUAGCUGUAUCACUGCCUCUGUGUAUAAUGUAAGUGUUCAACUGUGUUGUACUCCGCAGGCACGUUAAACUGUUGCACUUUUUUGUCUUUUUUUGUUUUCAAAAUGUUUAUUUAACAUCACAAAACAGAAGUUUCCAAAGUGCCAGUGUUUUGAAUUUUGAGAACGAGGUGGAAAGGAAAAGUGUGGUGAAGCAUUUGUUAUAAAGGUAACAUUAUAUGUAACCCAAUACCCUUUUUUGUUUUUUCAGAAAUAUACAAUAUGUAAAUUCAGAUGUUCUAUAUUUCAAUAAAUGAUAUAAAAAGUUA